AAGUAUAUCAAUCAAAAAGUCAACGUAGCGACACCACAGGCCUUAACAAAGCUAUUUUUCUCAGCAUAAAUAGACUUCAUACAAGUAUCUGGCAUUGAUUGACUUCCCGAAUGCUAAACUUUGUUCCAUAGAGAAAGGAAUGGAUGCCCCCAAGGAUCAUCAAAAUGUUGUAACCAUAGAUGUCCAUGCUGCCAAAGAUCUGCUCAAUUCAUCUGGUUAUCGUUAUCUGGAUGUUAGGUCAGUUGAGGAAUUCAACAAAAGCCAUGUUGAGAAUGCUCAUAAUGUCCCCUAUGUCUUCAUCACAGAAGCAGGACGGGUGAAAAAUCCAGAUUUUGUUGACCAGGUGGCAGCAAUAUGCAAGACUGAGGAUCAUUUGAUUGUGGCUUGCAAUAGUGGAGGAAGAUCACUCCGAGCCUCCGUUGAUCUGCUUGAUUCAGGAUUUAAGAAUAUUGUUAACAUGGGGGGAGGCUACUCUGCGUGGGUGGAUGCUGGAUUUGCCGGGAACAAGCCAGGAGAAGACCUCAAAACUAGUUGCAAGUUCCGUCCUAAUAUCGCAAAACCCACUGCACAACCAUAGUAGCAUUCUUUCCUUCUCCAAUUUUAUGAAUAAAGCUCAAUGCUUUUUUUAUUAUUUUAAUAAGAAAAUGUUGAAACGAUUUGUAUUUUCUAACUUCCUUUGUAUAAAAUAAAAAACGGUACUUAUGAUGGAGAAUUGGAGAUGACCUCUGGAUUUUUCAUCCAAUGGUGGAAAACAAGACAA